CUCAAUGCUGUUUGCAAACUAUUCCCACUCCAGUCUCAAAAAAACCAACAAACCCUAACUGUUGAUGGCUAUGUGAAAGAAGAAGAAAAAUGCAGCGAUGGCGAAUUUGCGAAGAAGAUAAAAUCAGCCGUUUGCCGGACGAAAUCCUCAGCCACAUUCUCUCUUUUCUAACCACCAAAAAGGCAGUUCGCACAAGCUUAUUGUCCAAGAGAUGGACUGAUCUAUGGCAAUCUUGCGACACUAUCGACUUCACCGAUAUUCAAGUUCAUUGCAAUAGAACUAAUCGCAGAUGUAACAAACUUGUCGAGUCCGUUUUGGCCACCACCGACUCUCGCAACAUCAACACUUUCCUUCUCGAAAUCCUGUACGGUCAUCCUCAUUUUGCCUAUAAGGUCAGUUUUCGCAAUGUAGUGAAAUGGGUUAACAAGAUUGUUCUUCAAAAUGAACUCAAAAAUCUUUGUCUUCAUCUAGACGUGGAUGAAUAUGACGAUGAAGAUAACAAUGAAGAUGAACAUUUUUUACCUAAAUUGCCUAACUGUAUUUUCACUUGCAAAACCCUUGUGAGUCUCGAUCUCCGACGGUUCCGUGUUAAGGGUUUUUCUUUUUCUUCCGAUGGAUUUGGAUUUCCGUCACUCAAAACGCUUCAUUUGGGCGACGUUGAGUUUCCAAAAGGUCGGGAUUUUUUGUUGCUUCUAUCCGGAUGUCCGAUUCUUGAGGAUUUAAAACUGUUUCAGGUAUAUUUGGAAUGUUGGUUUAAUGAGUCUGUUAUUCUCAAGGAGUUUGAAAGCUUAAGCUUACCCAAAUUGACAAGAACUUAUAUUAUUGAAAGUUUGUGUGACAUUUUACCUUUGAAAGCAGUCGCUACUUCUAAGUCUUUGUGCUUAGAUAGAUUACAAUUCCAUGAACCUUUCAAGGUGAAUCAGGCAUUUGAUGGUAUACCCAUCUUUCCUAAUUUGACUCAUUUGAAGCUCACUGAAAGUUGGGAUUUAGUAGUACAAGUGCUCCACCAUUGUCCUAAGCUUCAAAAUAUCGAACUUUACGAGGCGAUGUACGUGGCAAGGGAGAAUGAAGAUAAUGAUCUUGUUCCACAAUGCCUUUCAUCGCAUCUUAGAAAUUGCAUUAUUCAUGACCUUGGACGCCUACAUAGGAAGUUUAUAUUGCCAAUGUAUAUUUUGAAGAAUGCAAGAAUUUUACAAACCAUGAAAAUCAAAAUCUGGUACCGAAGUGAACUAUCUGAAAUAGAAAGAAAAUUGUCCUUGUGCCCAAAGGCCUCAGCAACAUGCCAACUCUUUGUUCAUGUUUAAGAUAUUUACUAGCAGGAACUGCAUUAACUUUGAUUCUUAUUGGAGGGUUUACCAUGGAAUUGCUCUUCCAAAUAGGUGUCUCAAAUAUAUUAUGUUAAAUGGAUGGUAAGUAGAGAUUGCUACAAGUAUGUAUUAGUGGCUACCUUCCUUGCAAGAGUAUUGGAAGGUAGAAAAUGAAGAUUCUGUAGAACUAGAUUAGUUUGCUCUAUAUGUUUCUGUUAUUUAUUUAGUUUGCUCAUUUGUCUUUAAUUGCAGUGUGGUUUGGAAUGAUUUGAAAAUCAUUACAGAUGGCAUUUGAUUUUAUUGGCAAUAGCUAAUGAUAUCAUUGGUAUUCAUUUUUUCCAAAAUAUAGUAAAUUUAAUUUAUCUUUACUCAUUAUAGACACAUCCCAAUAGCUAAAACAUGGAUUAAAGUAUAAGUGUUGGCACUAUGAAUAUAUUUUAGAAAAGGUUGAUUACAAUGUUGAAUCAACGUUUAUGCUUCAAUGCCUAAAAGGUUGGUUGCUAUUAUAUGUUUGAUGUAUUGUAUAACUACUAUGGAUAUAUUACUAGUCAAUCUUAUAUGUUAGAAAAAUCACUAAUUCCUUUAGCAAUUUAUUUUGAAAUAUCAAUUUGUUUAUCACGUCUUUAAGAAUUACUUUGCGAAUUUAUUUUAUUUUUUGUUAAGACGUUGUCUACGUCUAAUGUUAUCAGUGGAGUGUUGGCAAGAAAAUUGUCUAUUUUUGUUCAAUUUAAAGACUCGUUUAUGUAAAAAAAUCCUGGAGUACAUGGGAAGUGGUCGUCUCAUGGAGAAAAUAUGUACGUCAAUUGUAAUUUUUACGAAUUCUGCAAAAAUUCUCUGCAUUAUUUUCGUUAAAUUUUGUUUGGGACCGUUUUUAGGUCUCUCUCUUCGUUUGUAUUUGGAAUUGAGUACCCCUGGUUUUAACUGUAUUUCUAGAUGUUAUCAUCUAAAGGGUUAUGCAGAAUGACACUAUCGAAAAGACGACUACUAAUUUGGUGUUGGUGGACGACUAUGGAGACUUUUGUAGGUGACUUUCGUCUUAGGGAAGUAACAACUAUCAAGCUUGGUGUACAAAAAAUUGUGAACUGUUGAAUUAUUUACUUUAAUGCGAAGCAUAUAUCAUUAUUUUGAAUAAUUGUUCAAAGACUUCAAAACUCUUUAAUGUUUUAGUAAGGCCUGUUUCCAAACCAACAUCAGGAAGAAUUUUCUUGUCUUUAUCCACAAUAGCGGUUUUUAAGCUUGUAUUUGCAAAAAGUACAAAUAUGUGACAACCUCACAUGGGAUGAAAAGCUACUGUAUCUAUGUAUUUCUAUGUUGUCGGUCCAUUUCUUUGUUGCGAUGUUGGAGUAUUUAUAACCACCCUGAAUCUGAAUCCAAGACCUCAUUGAAAAUAGUAACCACAAAGUAAGUGGGCAGUUUAUCUCCUAAUGUUUAAGGGAAUGUGACCAAAUUUUC